CGAUCCAACCCUUGAUCGCGAUCUCAGCAUAGCCUCAACCCACUCCAACUCCCCUCUGUGUGAAACAGUCCCAGAUCUAAACGAGAUGGUGUCUUAAGAGAAGAGACUGGGCUUCUUGCCACCUGCACCCUUCCGAACCCACCCACCCGAAACACAAUGGAGCUGAGGCGCAGAUCGAUCCAGUCCACACGAGCCCGAUCUCGAUCUCGGUUUCGGUCCGGCCGGGGGUACGUACCAGACCCUCUGUGUCACUGCGAGGCGAUUGCAACGACGGGACGCCUGAGACUGGCCUGGUGGUCCUUGUCUUGGAGUCCUUGUCUUGGAUCACUUUCGGCUCCGAGUGCAGUCUGUGCGUGUUUCGCUGUUUCCACUGGAAUUGUUGAAUUAUUCCUCUGGCUGGGAAUGAGCAGAUCCUCUUCUACUCCGUAAGAUCGGUCGAAUUAUUGGAUGUAGUUCUAAUUUACGAGUUCGUCGUC